AUGGAUUAUGCAAGAAAAAUAGGUAAAAGAAAAGAUUCAAAUAAGUUCUUUGAAAAACGUAUUACAAUGCUUACGACGACAUGCUAUGAUCCUUUGAUCAAGGAUACUCCUCAGGAUGAAUAUAUUGAAGAUCGGCGUUUAAAAAAUUGGAAAAAAUGGUUAAACGAAAGAGAUAAAAUUGGUCGUCGUAUAAAAUCGUUAACUGGUCGUUCAAGAAUCGAUCAAAUUAUCAAUUCUAGUGAUAAAGUACGUUCAGUGAUUGAAAUGAAAAAUAUCAUUGAAUACGUUUCUUCCAUGGGUGUAAAACCUAUAGAAGAAUUUCAAAAGAUUCCUAUAAACGUGCCUGAUCACUAUGAUCUAUGUUUACCCAAAAUUAAAACAAUCUUACCUAUCAAAAUGGAUUUGAAUUUUCAAUCAAAUUUAACUUACGUCGAUGUUCCUGAAUUAAUCGAACGUGAAAAAGGUUUGCAUGAAUUAUUAAUUCGUGGUAAAACUAGGGAAAAAUUCAAGAAAUUUUAUAAAAUACCUGUAAUAACGAUAACUGCACCAAAAGAAGAUGAACAAUAUUUCGAUUCAGAUUUGACGAUAAUUUUGAAGAUACAGGAUCGAGAAAUCAUUCAAAACAAAUCUUUUGAUGAUCGAUGCAACGAUAAAUCACCGAUCGAAUGGAAUUUGAUAUUUCGUGGUAUGGUAAACGAAAGAUCAGAAAAAAUGAUUACAUUUGAGAACAAAGGUAAUACGGUGAUUCAUUAUUAUUGGAGAGAUUGGUCAUUUCGAUCGAAAGUACAAUAUUUUGUUAAAAACGAUAGUCCAUUUUAUUUCAACAAAACUGACGGUAUCAUUUUACAAGGAAAUACCGUACGAUUAAAAAUAUUUUAUUUACCACGUAAUUCAAACGUUUAUACGGAAUCAUGGAGAUUAUUUACGAAUCCUAAAUUAUGCGAGUGUCCAUUGAUAUUUCGUUUAUGGUCGUGCGCUGAAAAAAUGAAAGAAAAUAUAUUCGACAAUUUAAAUAUUUCCAAUAUUGAUUUGUAUUUAAAUCGUCGCAUCAGAGAUUCCAUAAUUCGAGAUAUUCUUGAAACAAUAAUAACCAAUGUUGAUUAUAGAAAACCACCGGAACCAGCAUACGUUAGUUUAUAUUUGGAAAAUGAUAUUUUUAAUGCUAAAAAUCCUUAUCAUUAUUAUCAUAACAAUUUGUUAUUGGAAUUUCGUGAAAUUUAUUGCAAAGUUGUCGAUAAACCAACGAUUACUUGGAAUUUAUCUUUGAAUGAUUUACGUGGUAUACUUUUGUUGAUAACAAAUCCAAUACGUAGACAACAAAUGUUAUUACGUUUUAAUAAUCUUUGCAAAGAAUCAUUGAAACCAUCAUUGAUAUCUAAUCACGUUAAUGAUCAAAAAUAUAUAAUUGUUUAUAAUUUAUUAUGUUCGUUUGUAAAUCGUUUUGAAAUUGAGACUGAAUUUGUCACGAAUAAUUGUAUUUUAAUUAAUGAAGAUAAAUCAUCUAAGCAGGAUAAUUUAUCGUUGUCAGAAUUAUCUGUUAAAAGUUUUAAUGAAAAACGAAAGAAACGUAAAAGUAAAAGUAACGAAUCGAUAAAUGAAUACACGCCUAAAAAUACAAUGAAUUUGUUAGUUAAAGAUAAUAUUCGUGAUCAAUUUUACAUGGAAAUAUUUUUCAUACGUAUACGUGAAUUUCUCGUUGAGACAAUCGAUCAAAUUUCUGCUGCAAUUGAAUCAUACAACAGAUUGGAUGGUAUUGAUACUUCGUUUUAAGCUGAAAUA